AACCCGGACUCUGACACCCUGGUCUUCCAACAGAUUGAUCUCGACUACUAUUUAGGGGCUGUUGUGGCUGGCAUGCCAGGUCAGUCUCAGGGGAAUGUACCAAUAAUCCGCAUGUUUGGGGUGACUGACAGCGGGAACAGUGUGUGCUGCCACGUGCACGGCUUUGCCCCCUAUUUCUACAUCCCUGCCCCCAAUGGGUUCACCAGUGAUCACUUGAGUGAGUUCAAAAGGGAGCUUAACUCUGCUGUGCUGAAGGACAUGCGCUCCAACAAGGACAACAUAUCGGUCACUGUGCUGGCGGUGGACAUCACACGCAAAGAAAGUAUGUAUGGUUACCAUGGGAAACGGAUUGCGGACUUCCUGUGCAUCACUAUGGCAAUGCCUCGUCUGAUUGCCCCGGCGAAGAGGCUCCUGGAGCAGGGAUUUAAGUUUGGACCUUUCCCCAUUCAGAGCUUCUCUUCCUACGAGGCUAACAUCGACUUUGAGAUCAGGU